GGAAAGCAGAAAAUUAAAGUCCAAUGCCUGGGUGAACAAGGCAACAUGGAUGCAAAAGUACAAAGCAUAGUUAAUCAGUCCUCUCUGACAGAAUUUCUACUGCUGGAAUUCUCAGAGGUUCAGGAGCUACAAAUUCUACACUUCUUUGUGUUCCUUGCUUUUUAUCUGGCAACAGUUACCGGAAAUCUUCUCAUCAUCUCUGCAGUUGUCUUUGACCACCACCUGCAUACCCCAAUGUACUUCCUCCUGAUGAACUUGGCCAUGCAAGACCUGGGUCAAGUUUCGGUCAUUAUCCCCAAAUCCAUGGCCAAUUCCCUCAUGAACACACGUCACAUUUCUUAUUCUGGAUGUGUUGCUCAAGUCUUCUUCUUUCUUUUCUUUGUAGCAUCUGAUUUCUCUCUUCUCACAGUCAUGGCAUAUGAUCGCUACAUUGCUAUCUGCAAUCCAUUACAGUAUGAAAUGUUGAUGAAUAAGCAAGCCUGCAUCCAAAUGGUUGCUAGUGUAUGGAUCAGCGGCUUUCUUUAUGGGGUGUUACAUGCCGGAGGAACCUUUGCAUCCCCUUUUUGCUCCAAUGUUGUCAAUCAGUUUUUCUGUGAAGUCCCACAGUUACUUAAGCUGGCUUGCUCUGACUUGUACCUAAUUGAAAUUGGAGCUGUUGUGUUAAGUGUUGUCAUUGGGUCAGGAUGUUUUAUCUUCAUCAUUAUAACCUACGUGCACAUCUUCACCUCAGUGCUGAGAAUCUCCUCUAUUGAAGGAAGGCAAAAAUCCUUCUCAACAUGUCUUCCCCACCUCAUUGUUUUCUCCAUAUUUGUAACCACUGGCUUUGUUACUUACCUCAAGCCUACUUCUAACACUCCAUCACAUCUGGAUUUGGCAUUGUCUAUGAUAUAUUCAAUGGUUCCACCCUUGAUAAAUCCAAUAAUCUACAGCAUGAGAAACAAAGAGAUUAAAAAUGCUAUGUCAAAGCUAUUAGGGUUUAGGCACUUUUCUUUGAAUACCUUCUCUAGUUUUAGUCUGCAAAGAUGA